AUCGCAGUAAUGUUUCAUGAAAAAAGAACAAAGAAAGGUUGGUUGGGUAAAACAGAAGAAGAAAUUUGUUGGGAACAAUGGGCAAUUACUAUUAACAUAGUUAAUUAUAACAGUAAUACUGAGCGUGAAAGAUUGAUCGUUCAUAAAGAAAUGGCAGAGCAAUUUUAUUCAUGUCUGUUUGAUAUAAUAUGCUAUGUAAAUGAGAAAAAAGAUCAUAUUCCGCCAAUUACCACAUCAGAAGCAAAUCCGUUUCCUUACCAGAUAUUUAUACCUUCAACGAAUGAUAAUUGGGGUUCACUAUUAAAGAAAAUGCUAACAGAACCCCCUCAACCCAUUUAG